AUGUCUGGGAUCAAACCCUUUCCUACCAUCAAAGCCGUGCGGACCUUCGUCAUCGAUGGCGUGGGUUCUGGCGGCGACUAUCACAAUGUCAAAGGCGGACACUGGCUGAUUGACAACAAAAUCGCAACGCCCAUGUCCAAAUGGGACCGAUACCGAACCUCCCGAACCUCGUUUGGAAUCAAUGUGCUUGGCUCCUUCUGUGUCGAGAUUGAAGCCACCGAUGGCACCAAAGGCUUUGCCACAGGCUUUGGUGGACCGCCUGGCUGUUGGCUCGUCCAGCAACACUUUGAACGAUUUCUUCUGGGACGAGAUCCGCGCGACGUGAACGAUCUGUACGAGCUCAUGUACAAGGGCUCCUUGUUCUACGGGCGAAAAGGUCUCCCAGUGGCUGUCAUCUCUGUGAUUGAUCUGGCUCUGUGGGAUCUUCUGGGCAAGAUUAGGAACGAGCCAGUUUACAAAAUGAUCGGUGGUGCCACAAGAGACAGGCUACAUUUUUAUUGCACUGGUCCCGAGCCCGCAGCUGCCCAGAAAAUGGGCUUUAUUGCAGGCAAGGUACCCCUGCCCUACAGCGCUGAUGAACCAGAUAGCAUCAAAAAGAACAUUGCAUUUCUGAAGGCGCACAGGGAAGUGGUCGGCCCUGAUUUCCCUUUGAGAGUCGACUGCUGGAUGUCGUUGAAUGUCCCCUACACUAUUGAGCUUGUGUCGGAGGCCAAGAGACAAGACAUCCGAAUAGAUUGGUGGGAGGAAGUCCUGUCGCCAGAUGACUUUGACGGCUUCCAACUGUUGAAGAGGGCACACCCGGACACCAAGUUCACGACGGGAGAACAUGAAUACUCACGCUAUGGAUUUCGCAAACUGAUUGAAGGCCGCAAUGUUGACAUCAUUCAACCAGACGUGAUGUGGCUUGGUGGCCUGACGGAACUUCUCAAGGUCUCUUCAAUGGCUGCGGCUUACGACAUCCCGGUCAUCCCUCAUGCGUCCGGUCCUUACUCCUACCACUUCGUUGUCAGCCAGCAUAACUCUCCCUUCCAAGAGUAUCUAGCAAACAGCCCCGAUGGGAAGAGUGUUCUACCCGUCUUCGGCGACCUGUUCCUGAACGAGCCAAUCCCCACACAGGGUUACUUGGAUGUUAGCUCAUUGGAUAAGCCGGGAUUCGGGCUGGAAUUGAAUCCGAAUGCGCGCUUGAUCGAUGCCACAAAUCUACUGGGCAUGAAGCCGCAGAAGUCGCUGACAAUGCAAGUCGACACGGAGCAGGUCAAGACCAACGGAUUACAUGCUAACGGCGACCACGUGCCCACGCAAGCCAGCGGAUCAAAUGGAUCAAUGGUCGGGGACCAUGUUGCUUGA